GGGAGGCGACACACAGCACCAACAGGCAGCGUUAUUCGUUCGCGGGUACGCAGCCUGAGCAGAGCGUCGUCGUGUAUGUCGAUCUCGAGAUCCGCUCCGGCUCGCCUUUUUUUAUUUUGCUUUGGACGGCGAAAGAAGGGAUUUUUGUUUCGCUUCUUCAGUUUUGUGAGUUCGAGUUUUCGAAUUCAGGAACAUUGCGUUGAAUGAAAAGUGUAUUCAAAAGCAGAUCCCGACCAGCACGACGAGCCGUGUGUGCUGUGCAGUGGUGAUUGUGAUUUAGGUGUGAAUUUGUGUGUGCAAAUGGUGAUUAAAGAAGAAGAAGAAAAAAGAAUGCUAUGCAGCCGAAUGUGUCGGUGAAUGUGUGCAUCCAGCGUCUGUGUAGUCGGUGCAGAAAUUGAAGUUCAAAAAAAUUGAAACAAGCAGUAACGAAAACAACAACAAAAAACGGUGCAACAAAACAUCAGCCUAAAGGGCGCUGCGAAAACUUGUUCCUGCUAAACCGUUGCGCUGCCAAUCCAAGCAGCCACCGUCCAGCUCUAGCAGUAGUGCUGCCAAGGCAGCAGCUUCCAGCACAACACUGCUCACCAGAGUGCGAGUGCUCCCUCGUUCCCCAACGGCACCGAAAGGCGCGCCUGUGUGAAAGAUUCUAACGAAGCAAGCCGCGCGCUCGCUCUCUCGCUGCCCGAUCUCGGUACAGAGCAUCCCCCCCCAACAUACACAUACACACACACACCAAGGUCCACACACCGGGACCUCAAGUGAAAAACCUGAAUUCCCGCACCAAACCAAACGUCUCGGCGCACUGUUGGGUCGGGACGCCUAAAAGGGUUGGGCUUGGUUGGUUUUCUGUAUUGUUUCCUCCUUCUUCGGCGGAUAGCAAAGUGGUCGUGUGAGUGCGUGCGUGCUUUUGUGUUGUGUUAAUUUGGUGCGUGCGUGCAAAAUGGCAUUCAACGGUGGGGCAGCCGGCAGCGGCAAUGGCAGUGCAGCGGCAGCAGCGGCAGCAGCCGCCGCCGUUGCAGCGGUGGCCGCCGACGAGAACGAGUCGACCGGCGCGAACAAGAAGAAGAACCUGAUCAUACUGGUCGACAAGGAUUCGAACGACAAGCUGAACGAGCUGUUCGACAAGGCGCUCAGCAACAAGGUGCCGCUCCAGAUACCGUACCGCAUGCGCAAGCUGCCCGAAUCCUUCUUCAUGCCGCCGUCGUCCGGCUCGAAGUCGCCGUCCGUGUCGCACUCGCGGGAAAACUCGGCCGACUCGGCGUUCGGCUCCGGCACGACCAUCCUCGGCGGGGUGGCGGGCGUGGCGGCGACCGGCCCGAACGGGCUGCCGAUUCAUCACAGCCGCGCGCACAGCAGCCCCGCCUCGCUCGGCAAAAUCCCGGUCGGGAUGGGCGGGCUGGGCGGGGGUGCGGUGGCGGCGGCGGCCGCCGCCGCCGCUGCAGCCGCUGCCGCCGGUGGCAAUGGUGCCGGUGGUGGCGGUAGUGGCGGCGGUGGUGGUGGAGGUGGUGGCGGGACUGGUGGAACGGGGGCGGCCGGUGCGGCCAGCAAAUCGGCCGCAGCACAGGCGGCGGCGGCGGCCGCGGCCGCCCAGAACGAUGCGACCAGCCUGGGGGCGGCCGUGCUGCAGCAGGCGGCCCUGUCCAAGGCGGCGAUACAGCAUCUGCACAGCCGGGGCCGCUCGUACGACGUGUCGAACCUGCACGCGAACUUUGGCGAGCUGCCGCCGGGCUGGGAGCAGGCGAAAACACAGGACGGACGCAUCUACUACAUCAAUCACAACACACGGACGACCACGUGGGAGGACCCGCGCAUCACCGCCAUGCAGGAAAGCCUGUUCCAGCAGCAGUCCAGCGUCGAAACCCUGUUCAACACCGGCUCCCAGACACUGCUCAGCCCCACGAUCUCCUCACCGACGCCGACCAACAAUGUGGUAUUUCCAGAUACAAUUCAAAUGACAAAUGACAAUCUCGCACAACCGUCAAAUGCCGCCCCGCCGACGGCGAUGCUAACCGGCAGCAAUGUCGAUCUGGGCCCACUGCCGGAAGGAUGGGAGGAAGGCAUCACAGAGAAGGGCGAACGGUACUAUAUCAAUCACGCGACUCGGUCGACCACCUGGCGGGAUCCUCGGUUGUCUAACCAAGACUGGGCAGUACAGGAGCAAACAGUCCGUCUGUACAACCUGCAGCUCGAGCGGGAACGACUUCGGAAACGACAGCAAGAGAUCAAAUCACAUAUGGGAGACGACCCGUUCCUGUCCGGUAUUGCCGAUCACGCACGCCAGGAGUCCGGUGACAGCGGUCUGAGCGAAUCGUCCAUGACGCAGUCGAUGCCCCACACGCCCGAAUUUCUCUCCAGUAUAGAUGACAGUAUGGACGGGUUAAGCAUGACGGACAACACGAUGGACACUAUAGCAUUUGGGGAUAAUCUCGAGACGCCCGAUGAGUUUAUGCUGGACGAUCCUUUGCUGCUGGAAAAGAUCGAUGCCGUCACCAACCUGAGCCUGAUGGAUCCGACGAGUAGUAAACCGGAUAACACGCUCUACGACAUCAUCUAACGUUAAGCGACGUUUCCCGUAGCCACAGAACGCGUAGAACCAUCUUAUGUAGAGUAAUAGUAGCCCACUACGCCAGCGAUUAGUACACGCAUCCACUGACAUGCACACACACACACACACACACAAACACAAAUACUACUUACAAUGUUCUUGCAUCUCCAAGAAAUACCAUCAGCCGACAUAGACUAGAUCGUUUGCAGACCUGAUCUGGAGACUUUCAAGCUCCGAACGUACUACUUAGAGAUACAACUCAAGCCCCAAACAAUAUAACUAGAUAUAAGACUCAAUCGUUCUACUUGGAGAUACAAAUAGGGAAAGAAGAGUGUAAGUAGUGUGCGUAUGUAUGUGUGUGUGUGUGUAUGUGUGGUGGGAUCGCAGCUUAGGCAACAAUGAAAAGGAAACGCAGCGUGGUUCCCGUACUGAACGGGGGAAAACUGCUCCUUGUCCGAGUUAUGUUCCGUUAAUGAUACCUAUAUACAUCUCUUAUUAUUACUACAUCCUGCUUGCACACGGGCACCGAUGUGCUUGUGCACAUUGGACGAAUUAUUAGUGGUUAGUCGAUUAGCUUGUACGUACGGAUUAUUAUUUUAUUUUAAAAUCUUUUUUUUUAAUCCACUUAGAUGAAUGUGAGAUUUGAAGCGCGCAACUAGUAUCCAAUUACGUAGUAUGUGAGGGAUGUAGCGCAAGAUAGGCGACAAGAAUGAGAGGAGGAAAAAUGACCGCACGGAGUGAGUAAUCGUGUACGGAUAAGCGGCAAGAUUACACACACACCCACCGUGCAAGCUGACACAAGGAACUGCAAGCAAUUCAAGUGCCUUAUCCGUUUCGAGUGAGUGAAAGAAGAAGAAAAAACACUCGAAACCGGAGGAAGAAAACGAUAUGUGGUAUAAGUAGAACGUGGUGUGGUGUUUAGCGCGCGGAGUUAGAAAGUAAUGAAAGCAUGAUCUGCAGUCUGCAGAUAGUACAGGCAGUACAGGGCGAGCUGCGAAGAUAGUGUAUUAUAAUGUGCAAAAUGGCGAAAUUGGCUAUUUGCGGUUUGGAACACGUAUACGAAGGCGAGCGAGAUGCGAGAACGCGACGGCGAGUACGUGUAACCGCGUGUGCUACGUAUGCGCCGCCGACCUGGAUGGAAUGGCUAGAUCAGCUCUCAUAUCUACCGGCGCGGCGGCGCAAUACGGUCAAGUAGCUUGAGCAAUGGGGAAAGGAUAACGUAUAGGAGGCAUUAGGAUGUAGGAGAAUUAAAACUCAUGUUUGCGUAAUCGUUGUAGCGUGCGAGAAGAGGUUAGUAUGAUUGAGACAGUGUGUGCGAGUGCGAGGACUGUGCAUGAAUGCGGAACAGUGAAUGAAUGUGGUCCAAUAUUCUAGCCAUAAGCGGUAGUAACACGGCAGCAGAAGGAGGAGCCACCGUAACCGAUAUACGAAGAUGGAGAGAGCAACUCGUUUUUGAAAGCAGCAACAGCAGCAGCAGCAGCAGGUGCAGCCGCCAUUAGCCCCAGGAGUGAGAAUAGUCUCUUGUUAGCGCACACGAAGCGCUUCAAGGGAGUGUGGGGCCAAAUGCAACACAGAAACAGAUUCCUUCGGCGCGCGAUGGCUGUAGAUGCAUUUAUAUCAAUGUUGCCCGCCCGAUCGAGCAGUGUCUGCUGUGGGUGGCCGAUGAUAAAGAAGGGGUUCAUUGUUAUUUUUUUUGAAUCAACUUGCCCCAGUGCACACACUCACACACAAACCCCCAAAGUAAUGUGUGCAAAGCGAAGCGAAGAGGAACGGCUGCCUUUGUCUGCUGCCUGCGAUGCGUUGUACGAUCGGCAAUACAAAACAAAACACAAUGAUCCUCUUCGUUUCGGUUAGCAAACAAACAAAGUAUCAAAAAUACGCACAUCCAUUGAUACCGUUCACAUACACACACACAAACACACACCAUCAAUGUUAGGCUAGUACGCCGUAAAGUGGUGUAACAUUGCAAUUAUAUAGAUUUUAUGUUUCGUUUUUAUAUACAUCCAGCGCGCCCGCUCCCUUUGCUCCAUCUGGAACGGGCGUUCGUUCUAGCUUGGAUCGUGACUGUGUCAUCGACAAGCUCGAUGCAAGUAAAGCGAGCGAGUUUGGACUGUGAGAAUGGAAUGUUCACAGUGACUAUUUCAUGUCCGGUUGUGGAUGAACGGUGAACGUGAAGGGAAGAGAGAGAGAGAGAGAGAGGAAGAAAAAACCUAGCCCAUUAAGCAACAAGAUACAUAUGUACACAUAUCCCAACCGAUCGUGUCCCAUCGGUGCAUCUACUUAUUCGCACGAUCACGAUUCUAUUAUCACGCUCAUCGAGCUACUACUGCAAAACAAACAAAACAAAAGGAAAACAAAAGUGAGAAAAGCAAAAAACAUACAGAUUUACUGGCAAAUCGGCAGCAUAUGGUCAACAAAGUCUGCGCACAUUAAGCAAAAUGCGGGGAAAUUUGAACCAAAAUCGAAAGAUCCAAUGCUGAUUUCCUUGAUCAUAGUUUUUGGCACCAUUUUUUUUAAAUAUCUAAAGCCAUUUUUCAAACCAUUUUUUUUACUGAUUUAAGUUUUAAAACACAAAACGCGCUAAGGCAAUUACUUCAAUUUAUUACUUUGCUAUUUUAAGGCUUAACCACAGCAUUAGUUUUAAACAUUUAAAAACAAUUCAUAAGCAUGCAACGGUAGCAACAGUUACAGAGCUUCGUUGCCUAUUCAAUUUUAGUAGUAUUGUUAGGACAAACAAAAAAAAUCAAGCGUUGGUUCUUGGAUUUGGAUUCAACUUGGGCGAGAAAAAUGGUUUCAUUUUUCUCAAUCAUCACUAUCACUCUUCCACCCCUUCAUUUGGAACAGCGCGAAGGAACGUCGAUCGUUCGAUGCUGCUGCUAACCCGGCGUUGACCAUUGUUGCCUCGAUUUUGCUUGCUACUGUUUGUUUUUUUUUUUUAAUUUUCUUUUGGAAGGAAAAACUGGCUGCAGCGUUUUUUGUUCAUUUUUUCGAUGUGUUUCUAUGCUAAUGUUGCAACAUUGCCGUCCAAUAUAGUUUCGUUUUUAAUGUUUUGUUCUACUUCUUCGCAACGUAAACGCAGAAUAAAAAAAAUGAACGUAUUGCUGCCAGCUUCCGCUUGAUCUUUAGGUUGGGUGAUCCAUUUGUUGGAACCAUUUUCCGAGUCGCUUUUUUGCAGUGAUCGGUUGCAGUGUAGAUGGGGAUGAUAAUAGGAAAGGAAUUGGGCUGUAGAUCCGUUGGUACGAUCGAGUUGGUCGCUCGUUGAGCGAAAAUCCAUCCACAAACGAUCGGUCCCCCGAGUGGGGCGAUCGCGAUCACUCGCGCAAGUUGAAUCGCAUAGCGAGCAUUGGGCAGAUAUUUUAACAAGAUAAAUCCUGCAAACGUUGGCAAACAGGUGGCGUACAGUUUGGUGCGUCCCCACCGCCCGAGAUACAUUUAUCUUUGCCGUCCAGAAUUGCAUUGAGAAGCAGUUUGUUUUGUGUUGUCUUUUUUAGUUUCUCUAGCAAACAUAAGUGUCUUUUUCUUUUUUUUUAUGUGUGUGUUCUGUUAUGUGCAUCAGCAGUGAAGUAAGUGAUGGUGAACCAAACGAACAGUUCAUACGGACACUAACACGCGGUGGCACACAUUGUUUAUGCCCUGUACUACUGGCUUUACCCUGGCAGCACUCAUCAAGCAGUAUUUGUUAGCAAAUAUUUGUUAGCGUUGAUGAGCCGAGCUACACAUUAGCGUAAAGCGAUAUUAGAUAGAGCAAAGAAGAACAAAAUGAAGAAGAACGUUUUUUCUUCAUACAGAAAUUCACCCCCACCUCAUGCGACUCAAGUAAGAUAGUUGAACGCUUCCAACACAUUCGCAAGAAGCGUACGGAUGCUUUAUUCUGCUUCCCUUUCUGUGGGAACUGUAGAACUGGUAGAAAACACUACUUCUAGACACCUAUUGCUCUACACGUGAGGAUUCUGGAAGCAAAAGGGAACACCAAAUCGUACUUCCUUGUGAAAGGUACUCUACUAGGUAGAGCAGCUAGCGUUGUCUUUAAAAAAGCACCACUGAGUUUGCUUAGGUGCGUUUUUUGCUCAUAUUUUUAACUCUCUUCGUCAGCAAUAAUUUGUAAUGCUUAAUAUCGAGAAAAAAACUCAAUUAAUGCACACCAAAAGAUGCAGCUAAUUCAACCGCAAAAGCCACCAAGUGUUUGUUCGUCAGCUAGGUUUGAGUGUCACUUACAUUAACUGACUCUGUUUGAAAUGCACCACAAUUGCACCACACAGUUGGUUGUUCCCAUCUUGCCUCAGAGAGGAGUGCAAGUGUGUGCUACAAGCUUCACUAGAGGAAGCAGUAACGGCCAUGCAAUGCACUACGAACGGAAAUAGACAGGCACGUGCCUAAAUGCACGUGGUAAUGCAAUAAUGCACGGGUGGCUUAGAGCCACUCCUGUAGAAGCGAAAGACGAAAACAAAAACAACUCGUGUGCUAGUAACAGUUCGUGCUGAGUUAAAUAAAAGCAAAAAAGAAAGAGAAAACAAAGGCAAGGAUCGUUCAAUCAGAAUUGAACGUUGAUUCAAAAUUGUAGCAAAACAAACAAACAAAAAACACAGAAACACAUAUAUAAAAAAAAACUCUAGCACACACUGUAAAAAAACGGGGGGACGGGAAUAAUGCAAAUAGAGUAAAUUUGUCUUUGUCCCAAAGCCUUGUAAUACACUGUAUGUACUAGAGAGAAGGGAAAGAGCUAUUUCUAGAGCACAAACUAAAGCAAUGCGUAAUAAAAGUGAGAAAUCAACCAACCAGAACCAACAAAUGGAA